ACGAAUAACGGACGAGAGUUGGAAAUUUAUGCGGAAACAUGUUCUUCUAAGAAGUCAACAAAACAAAAGAAAUUUUCAUUUUUCUAUUGGCCGUUAAAUUUUUAUUUGGAAGAUGAGCGAAGAUUCACCCGAUCAAGUUAAAGAGGGUGAUGAGAAUGUGCUUGAUGACAUCUUGACUGGCAACCAGGAAGAUGAAUUACUUAAUGCUGAAGAUUCGAUGGACAUUUCACCGUCCAAAGUUGUAAAACGAACAAAAGUUGUUGUAAAGAAAAAGGCUCCAGUAAAAGCAAAAACAAAACCAGCUAAAACUGUGGCAGUGAAAAAAGCAGCUGCAAAAAAAGUUGAAGAGGAAACGGAAGAGCAGGACGAUGCUGAAAUUUUAGAUUUGGAAUCCAAACCAGAUGAUGAUGAGCAAGAAUCAACCCCAAAGAAAUCUCCUGUGAAAAAAUCUCCAGCCAAGCGCACAGCUGUCAAAUCUGUCAAAGGCCCUAUUUCUAAGAAAUCCAAGAAGGUUGCCCCAGCAGAGGAAGUAAUGGAGGAGGAUGAAAAAGAAGAGGAAGAGGGAAAGGUCAAGAAAGGAAACAUUGAUAAAGAACUGGAUGCAUCUCAUAAUGAAAGUGAUGCCAACGACAGCAGUCUGAAUCAAACCACAGAGGAAAUAAUCAACCCCGAGGUGAUGGACAACGAUUAUGAUUUGCACAGUGAAGCUAGUGAGCAUCAGGCAGACGUUAUAUCAGGGGGCGGGUCAGACAUUGAAUCUGAGGGUGAAGGCGAGGGCGUAAACUCUAAGAAGCGCAAGUCGUCGGACAAGCGCGCAAUCUCGCCUAUCCAGUGGGACCGGAACAGUGACGAUGAUGAAGAAGACGAGGAGGAGAAAUCAGGGGACGAAGGCAGCGAGAAAGGUAGCAAGAAGUCCACUGAAGAUAGCGAGAAAGCCCGUAAGAAGAAGCUGAAGUAUUUCUUCAAGAAUGCUCGCUACUACCUCAUCAAGAGCAACAACCAUGAGAAUGUGGCCCUAGCCAAGGCAAAGUGUGUUUGGUCCACACCCCCUCAGAACGAGGCGAGACUCAACCAGGCAUUUAAGGAAUGUGAUAACGUGAUACUUGUUUUCUCUGUUAGAGAGAGUGGGAAGUUUCAAGGUUGUGCACGUCUUGCUGCCCCGUCCACGAAGGACCAUCCAGCAAUCCGGUGGGUCCUUCCACCCGGCCUUAGCCCCAAGGCUCUCAGUGGGGUGUUCAAGUUGGACUGGAUCAGCAGACGAGAGUUGGACUUCACAAAGACAACACAUCUACACAAUCCUUGGAACGACAAUAGGCCAGUGAAGAUAGGACGAGAUGGACAGGAGAUUGAGCCAAGAUGUGGCGAGGCACUUUGUAAGCUGUUCCCUUCAGACGAGAACGUGGAUUUGAAUGAUAUUGUGCGGGAAGCGAAGAAAACAAGUGCAGGAAGAGGCGAUUUUAAUUUCCGUUCAAACCGAGGACGCGAUUCAUUCAGAGGAAGAGGGGAUUUUAGAAGGCGUCGCCCCGAUUUCAGAAGGGAUUUUGGAGGCCCCCCACCUGCUAAAAGGAGUAGGCCUGAUUUUAAUGUGGGGAGAGAAAGAGGAUUCUUCAGAGAGCGAAGGUCCGACAGAGGCUCAUCCAGAUUUAACCAGGGUGUGCGGAGGGAAACAUUUAUCAAUGGGCAGUCAUCGACUGCACACAAUGAUUAUCAGUCCUCCACUAUGUCUGUCCCACAAUCUGGCUACACCUCAUACAGGCCUAAUCUCUAUAAACACAAGGAGUCAUACAAUGACUACAUGAAGGAGUUUGUUCAUCACGCCCCUGUCCCAGCACCCAUGUCGCACUAUCCACAGCCCACGACAUACACCAUGGCCCCGAUGGCACAGUAUACGUCCUACGACCACUCACGAGACUAUCAGAUGGCCGUUGCAGUCGCCGACUAUGGCCGGUCACAUUCCCCGCCCAGGACCAGAACUGAGAAACACACAAGUCGUGAUGCAUAUGAGAAAUAUUCCAGCCGCUUCAGACCGUCAGGCGAUUAUGACCGUGAUGUGGAGGAUUUCCUGCGUAGAACAACCGGUCACGCCCCACGUGCGCGUGAACAUGAACGUAGCCGUGAACGGGAGCAUCGCCAUAGAGACAGAGAACGAGAGGAGCGGGAGAGACCACGUGAACGACACAGGGAACGCAGAUGAUGUUGCGGUCCUUUGUCAGGCGUUCUCGAUCACGUAGUCAGCGAUUGUUUCUUAUUUUGAUAUGUGCUGGGUCUCAAUUUGUAAGCUUUAUACAGGUUAUUCAAUGUGUGCAUUGUUUUGUUUAUUUCUGUUGUUUUUUUCAGACUUUUAAAAAAUGUUUUGAAUGUUUGAAAUACUGGCUCUAUAAUGUGUAAUUUAGUCAUGCAUAAAAGCUGCACAUUUUUAGCACGACUAUUAUAACUAUAUGAAAUAUAUAUAGUAGAGCUACCCUACCCACCCCGGCGUCUGCGUUAGCGUAAGCGUGCAAAUGUUAAAGUUUUCGUACUACCCCAAAUAUUUUCUUUGUCCCUUGACAUAUUGAUUUCAUAUUUUCAUACUUGUUGACCAACAUGACCCCAACCUAUAAACAAGAGCAGAAAACUCUAUCAAGCAUUUUGUCAUAAUUAUGUCAUAAUUAUGGCCCCUUUUCCACUUAGAAUAUGCAGCAAAUGUUAAAGUUUUCGUACUACCCCAUUUAUUUUCAUUGUCCCUUGACAUAUUGCUGUCAUAUUUUGCAUACUUGUUUACCAACAUCACCCCAACCUUUAAACAAGAGCAGACAACUCUAUCAAGCAUUUUGUAAUAAUUAUUGCCCUUUUUAUACUUAUACAUUAAUAUGCAUAUUAUUGAUAAAUCUAUGUAAAAGUUUGCGUACUACCCCAAAUAUUUCCUAUAUCCUUUGACAUAUUGCUUUUAUAUGUUGCAUAGUUGUUUACCAACAUGACCCCAACCUUUAAACAAGAGCAGACCACUGUAUCAAGCAUUUUUACAUAAUUAUGGCCCCUUUUACACUUGGAUAAUUGAACAUUUUGCUUUAAUUGCCAUAACUUCUUUAUUUAUUAUUACAUUUUAUUAUUACUUUGACAAAACAACAAUUACCUCAAUACAACAAUGGAUUCCACCCAAACAAUACCCCACGCCCCUACCCAGAAUCCCUCCCCCCCCCCCCCCAUUUUUUUU